UGGAGAUUACAUUCGCGUUACAUUGCAGUUUCGUUAUGAGUUACGUUGUUCGCUUGCUUAUGCAGCUGUGAUAUAUGUCGAAUUUUUAAAUCAGUUUUUAAUCAAUUGUGAAGAAAUGAGUCGAACCUCUUCAGCAUCAUCGUCAAUUAAGGAUCAUCAUCAUCGUCUUCAACGCACACGAAUUGAAGAAACGGACAAACGAAGAGAAGCAUGGCUAAUGCAGCAAGAAAGAGAGAGACAGCAUGAAAUACGUAAGAAACGAAUGAUUUUGGAGUAUGAAUUAAAAAGAGUAGCAAUGCUGAGUUCUAAGGAGGUAUCAAGAAGCUCGUCGCAUCAAAGACGAAGAGAGAGCAGCAGAAGCAUAUCUUCAAGUCAUGAAAGUAUCAGGAGUCGAAAAAAACAGAGGCCUUCCGAACCUUACGUUAUGUCACAAAAGAUGGAAUCGGGCAACGGAAGUUCACCCUUAUUCAGAGGCCCCGACAGACGAACAUUCAGCUUAAUGGAAUUUCGCCGCAUCAAAGUUGACAUACAUCGGAAUAUCCCUGGAGUAACUGCUACAUAUAGUAAACUUCAACGUAAUAUUACUAGUUUUGAGGAGAUCACAUUGAAAAGACGAAAGGAUGAAGGUGUAAAACCCAUAUUUGAUCGAGAGGAAUUAAGAUUGCCUGAGAGAACUACCAAAGAGGAAGUGGAAGAAUUUCGUACGGUUAAAACGAUGGAGUCUGAAAAAUCAGAAAAGAUUAGCCAUUCUGAAAAAAGACGUUGCAAAUCCUUAGGUUUGUCAGCAAGCCGCUGCCAAAAUGUGUCAACCUCACCCCACCGUACCAGAUGCCAAAGUGAUUGUCGAGAUCGAAGUAAAGGACGUGAGAAAAGGCAUCGAUCCAAAGAUCUUACAGGGCAUAGGUCAUUGCAUCGUUCAGAUAAUAAGAAUUUAAUAAAACGUAAAUCAUCUCGUGAAAGGUUCCACUCCGUAGAAAAGAAACACGGUUCUCAACAUAAUCGCUCACCUCAGUCUUAUAGGGCUGAUGAAAAACGUUAUCAAGAAUCUUGGGGAAGAUCAAGAGAACAACGCAAAAUAUCUCAAAAUCGCGAUAAAGAUAGAUUUAAAGAUGAGAAUAUACCAAUUCUACCACAUUAUGUAGAACCAGUUCCUGUUCCUGUUUAUUACGCGAAUUUGCCUGCAAGGCCGAUAAUGAUGAGUCCAAUGAUUUCAGCAGGAGGACCUUGGAAUAGAAAUAGUCUUCCAAUUGGACCAAGGAUAACUUUCCCGCAUGGAUUCAUGCACCCGCACAUAUACAGACGAUUAAACCUAUCUUCAAAUUCAAGAUUCAAUCGAAUGUUCUGAUGAGAGGCAAAAUUAAAGGAUUGGUUCGUAGCAAGCAUCUUGAACUGCAAACUUUAUUUAGUUAUCAGUUGUAUUACACUUAUGUAACGCGUUGCGUAAGUUAGAUUUGACGUAUUUUCAUAUUCUUAUUUGAAAAAAAUGGUGAUUAUUUUAACUGUCCCAAAAAAAAAUUUGAACAAAGAGUUCCUAAAUCAAAAUGUGCGAACUUAAAUCUUCUCAUAUCUCGAUAUAAACUAAUAAAGGUCAAUAUUCCGGUUGAUUAACUCUGCUGAGACAUCUUUGUUAAAAUUUCUUUUAUCAGGACAGUCGAUAUGUGAUUACUUGUAUCAUUUAUAUUGUUACUCGAUUCGACACCAAUUCUAUGUAAAUAGUGUAUGGUAUUUCGCUAAAUAAAUGUUUUCAAUCAAAAU